CUCCACACUGCCUCCCUGAGUGCGCACAACAGGCUCCUUUAACUAUCAUGAACACCGUACGCAGGGUCUUACGGGCCAUGUUCCCACCGCCACGAGUGGCGCCUGAUGGUCGUGCUGAAUGGCCUUCUCGGACACCCUACGUUCUGGCUUCCAUGGGCGGCGCAAUGGGAUUCGGUAACCUUUUGCGUUUUCCUUCUCAGGUCUUCAAUAACAACGGUAUCCAAUGGUUCAUACCAUAUCUCAUGGCUAUUGGUCUCCUCGCCAUCCCCGCUCUUGUUCUGGAGGUUGCGAUAGGGCAGGCUUAUCGCAGCGGCUGCGUCAUAGCCUAUAAUGGCCUUGACCGACGUUUUGCUGGCGUUGGCUUCGGUAUAGUCUGUGUCGGUUACGCUGUCGCCGUUUACUACAUUCCCAUCCUCUCCUGGGUCAUGGUGUACUUCCGCAACUCUUUCCAGUCAGCCGACAACUUUCCAUGGAACGAUGAUCCGCAGGCAUACUUUGACCAUGUCGUCAACACGGUGCCUGCAAUUCCAGCUGAAUACAGUGGCGGCUCAGUGACCAGAUACACCGUUUACCCUGGUACAAGCCUGGAUGGAGAACUGGUUGGUUGGGUUCUGUUCUCAUGGUUCGUUGUGUGGAUAUGUCUCUACAAGGGCGUCGCUAUCACCGCGCGCGUUGUCUACAUCACCAUUGUCCUGCCCAUUGUCCUCACUAUCAUCCUUGUUGGCCGCGGGGCUUCGCUGCCCAAUGCUGGCCGAGGAAUCAAACUGUACUUUGGCGAGUUCAACGGCGGCCAGCUCGCAUCCGGAAAGAUCUGGCAGGCAGCCUGCAGCCAGGUCUUCUACUCGACAGGUGUCGGUUUCGGCUACUACACCGCAUACGCGUCUUACAACUCCAAAUUUGCGGAUGCUGUUCAAGACGCCAUCAUGAUCUGCACGUCCAACGCCCUGUUUGAGUCUUUUGCGGCAUUUGCCGUCUUUGGUGUUGUCGGUUUCAUGAACAUGCAGCCGGGUCAGGGCGACCCCGUUGGCACCUAUACCCUUGGUUUCCACACCCUCCCGAGCGCCAUUCGGGAAAUGCCAGGCGCACCGUUCUGGGCAGUGCUGUUCUUCUUGACCUUAUUCCUCCUCGGUAUCAGUUCAUCGUUUGCCAUGCUAGACGCCAUGAUCACGACCCUUUGCGACACCCACUGGGGCCGGAAAUACAAGCAUUCGACCAUCGCCACUAUCGUUACCGUCAUUUCAGCUCUCUUGUCGCUGUUCUACUCGACUGAAUUUGGCUACGAAGCUACCAACUGUGUCGAUGCUUGGAUCAGUAACAUUUCACUCAUUAUGGUUGUGUGGGCCGAGUGCGUCUGCGCCACUUCAUUCUACCGCUACGUCGAUGUCAUGGGUCAGGUGGGCGCACCCGCUUUCUGGAUAUAUCAGUGUACCUAUAUCGGGGCUCAGGUCAUCGGCAAUGUCGUUGCGCACACUGUUUCAGAUAAAGCUGGUGCCGGAGCUGGAUUCGCGGUCUAUAUCGUUGGCACAAUUGUUGCUACUCUCAUCGCGAGAGAUCCGACUGUUCCUGCACCAAAGUUCUGCGGGCGCAAUAAGUUCUUGAACCGCAUCUGGUGGUUUGGACUGUAUUCGGGUAACCAACUCGCGCGAGACCUCAACUACGUAGUGUGCGUUGGCAAACAGUGGCGUCUCCCUGUAUUCUGGGCGCCCACCCUCCGCUACUUCGCCGCGCCAGUUCUCUCCAUCAUCUUCGCCUUCGCCUACCCCUCAUUCUACGCUGUUCGUGGUGACCCGCUCCAGAUUUUCGGCUUUGCAGUCGCCCAUCUUAUCGUUCUCGUCGCCAUAGUCGGUUUCAUCGUACCCAAGAGCAUGAACAUCUUCAUUCCACCGGAGCGCCGCGAGGAAGGGAACAGACAGUAUGCACCACAGACUCUGCUAGGAAAAGACGACACGAACAUUGUUGGUGGUGUGAGGCCCAGCCAAGGAGAGGAGGCUGGCUUGUCACCAGUUGACAGUACCGAAAAGACGGAAGAGAAGUAAGUCGCACGUGAAACAACGUCUGAAUAAAUUGGAUUAACGUGACGGAUAAGCGAGUCGGUCAGACAAGCGAGUGGGUCACCCUACCAACUUUGAUCACCCACCACACCUUUGCGUACAAUGCCUCUAAGCCACGCUUCUUAGUUAAUCUCUCACGAGGCAGAUAUUCAGCUUGCUCUCUCUUCUUUAGAUAGAAACCAAAUCUAAAGUACCUAAC